AUGGAUUCCUUACGGCCUCGCUACUUCACCCCGCAGGAGGUGGCGGUGCACAACCGGCCCUGGGACCUCUGGGUCUCUUACCUGGGGAGGGUCUAUGACCUUACCUCCCUGGCUGCGGCCAACCAGGGUGAUCUCUUGCUGAAACCUAUUCUGGAAGCAGCAGGGAAAGACAUUAGCCACUGGUUCAACCCCAAAACCAAAGAUAUACUGACGCACAUCGACCCUCUCACUGGGUGCCUCAAGUACUAUACCCCACAAGGUCGCUUUGUGCAUGUCCCACCUCCAUUGCCUCGCUCAGAUUGGGCAAAUGACUUCGGCAGGCCCUGGUGGAAAGAUUGCAGAUAUGAGGUGGGCUUCUUGUCUGCCAAAACCAGGCAUAUUCGGAUCAUCAACACUCUGACUUCUCAGGAACAUGCUCUUGAGGUGUGUGCAGAGGAAUCCAUGUGGGAGAUCUUGCGGCGAUACCUGCCCUACAAUGCCCAUGCAGCCAGUUACACAUGGAAAUAUGAAGGCCGCAACCUAGACAUGAACAAGAACCUUCAACAGAACCAGAUUCCAGAUGAAGAUGAAGAGUUCUACCAGCUCAACAUGGAUGCAGAUUCCUUCACACCAGCCGUUUUGCUGUAUUUCAAUGAUGACCUCACUGAAUUCUAGGUAACACCAGGAGAGUGGAGAGCAGUUGU